CCAAAACCAUAUACUUUGGAACCAAAGCUUAAGAGAGAGAGAAUAAUAAGUCUUUUUUUUUAAUUUAUUUGUUUGUUUUAUUUCCACUCCUUCUUCUUCUUCUUAUUCUUUGUCCUUGCCUUUCAUUCAUUCAUUCAUCACUUUGUGUGACUUUGUUCUCAUUCCUUUUCUCUUUCAACUUUCAAGUCAAAAGGGCAAAGAAUUUCAAGGGUCAAUCUCUUCUUGUAGCUGUUGAGAAUUAGGGUAACUUAUAAUAAUUUGAUUGAAUAAGGAAAAGUUUUUCCUUUUUCUGGUAAUUAUGCAUGUCUGGCCCUGUGGCCACAGUUGAUAAUUUGGAUGGAGCAGUUAUCUCUGCAGAGAGAACAAAGUCUCUUGAUGCCAUUUCCGAGGUAGACGUGUCGUCCUUAUUGAGAAACGGCGAAAGCAGUGGUCAUUCAUCUGAGAUAGUUGGGUUUAGAGUUGGGGAACUCUUGCUUCCUAAUGGAGAGUCAUAUUCCGGGUCCCUUCUCGGCAACAUGCCGGAGGGUAGGGGUAAGUAUGUAUGGUCAGAUGGAUGUGUAUAUGAUGGUGAGUGGAGAAGGGGGAUGAGGAAUGGAAAUGGAAGGUUACAAUGGCCUUCUGGCACGGUUUAUGAGGGCGAAUUCUCCGGUGGCUAUAUCCAUGGUACAGGAACAUAUAUUGGUUCGGAUAGUCUUACCUACAAAGGGCGGUGGCGAUUGAAUCUUAAGCAUGGACUUGGUUAUCAAGUUUAUCCUAAUGGAGACAUCUUUGAAGGGUCUUGGAUCCAAGGAACGCCGGAGGGGCCGGGGAAGUAUACUUGGGCGAAUGGGAAUGUGUAUUUAGGGAAUAUGAAAGGUGGGAAAAUGUCAGGGAAAGGAACUUUGACAUGGAUCAAUGGAGACUCAUUUGAAGGAAGCUGGUUGGAUGGUAUGAUGCAUGGUCUUGGAGUUUAUACUUGGAGUGACGGCGGCUGCUAUGUUGGGACCUGGACGAGAGGUUUGAAAGACGGCAAAGGAACGUUUUAUCCGAAAGGUAGCUGUCUUCCGUCGGCACAAGAGGUUUAUCUGAAUGCCUUGAGGAAAAGAGGACUAUUGCCGGAUUUGAGGAGGCAGAAACAGGCUCAUAUUCAUCAUGCUUCUUCGGUUGAUAUGGGAAAUGUCAAGGUCAGUGGUGAUAAUCAGAGUUCUAGCCUUGUUUCGUCCGAUAAGCUUGCCAAAGGGAGUCUAUUAAACAUUGAACAAUCGCGCAGCAAGAAUAUCUCUCUCGAAAGGCGAUGGAGUCUUGAGGUGUCUAUUGAGAAAGUAAUAGCCCAUGAUUCAACAGAUUCUAUAUUGGAAGGUAGUGAAAAGAUCCCCAUUUUGGAGCGCGAGUAUAUGCAAGGUGUAUUAAUAAGUGAGGUAGUUUUAAAUAACAGCUUUUCGAAUUUGUCUAGAAGGGCAAAACGGCUGCAGAAGAAGCUCGCCAGAGAGAUUAAAAGACCCGGUGAAGCCAUCAUUAAAGGUCACCGGAGCUAUGAUCUGAUGCUUAGUCUGCAGCUUGGAAUAAGGUAUACUGUGGGAAAGAUUACCCCGAUACAGAGGCGAGAAGUUCGAGCAUCGGAUUUCGGUCCUAGAGCAAGUUUUUGGAUGAAUUUUCCUAAAGAAGGUUCUCAGCUAACUCCUCCUCAUCAAUCUGAUGACUUCAAAUGGAAAGAUUAUUGCCCAAUGGUGUUCAGAAACUUGAGAGAGUUGUUCAAGAUUGAUGCUGCUGACUAUAUGAUGUCGAUUUGUGGAAACGAUGCUCUGAGGGAACUAUCAUCUCCGGGGAAAAGUGGUAGUGUCUUUUUCCUGUCUCAGGAUGAUCGUUUCAUGAUCAAGACGCUUCGAAGAUCUGAAGUAAAGGUUCUUCUAAGAAUGCUUCCGGACUAUCAUCAUCACGUGAAGUCAUACGAUAAUACCCUCAUCACGAAAUUCUUCGGUCUGCACCGGAUUAUACCUUCGAGUGGUCAAAAGUUUCGCUUUGUUGUGAUGGGAAAUAUGUUUUGUACAGAGCUAAGGAUCCAUAGGAGAUUCGAUUUAGUCUUUGCUAAAGUAAGGGAAAGAAGUUGCACCUAUGUUCAUUCAUUCAUUCAUUUUUUUUAUCUUCUCAAAAUAUUCUGCAGGCAGAUUGAGAUCGACAGCAAGUUCUUGGAAGCACAGCAUAUAAUGGAUUACAGCCUUCUACUCGGCGUUCAUUAUCGAGCUCCACAGCAUCUCCGUCCUCUCACAUCAUACAACCGUAGCAUAACUGCUGAUGGAUUAGCAAGUCUUGCUGAGGAAGAUCCUCUAGAGGAUGAAGUAUCAAGCUAUCCCCAAAGCCUUGUUUUGGUCCCUAGGGGAUCAGAUGAUAACAGUGUUGUUGUAGGAUCACACAUCAGAGGUAGUCGACUGCGCGCUUCGGCUGCCGGCGAUGAGGAGGUGGAUCUGCUUCUUCCAGGCACAGCAAGACUACAAAUCCAGUUAGGAGUAAACAUGCCAGCAAGGGCAGAGCAAAUUCCAGGAAAGGAAGAGAUGCAAACAUUUCAUGAGGCUUAUGAUGUGGUGCUCUACCUGGGCAUAAUUGACAUUUUACAGGACUACAACAUGUCCAAGAAAAUUGAACAUGCCUACAAAUCGAUUCAGUUCGAUUCGAUUUCAAUCUCGGCCGUUGAUCCCGGAUUCUACUCCCGUCGCUUCUUGGACUUCAUUCAGAAAGUGUUCCCACCAAAUGAAACUCUAGCUGGUUGAUUUUCAACCAAGUCAUUGUUUGUUUAGUCCAAAAAUUUGAACAUUGUCACAUAUUUUGUUUUUGUGCAUUUUGUCUAUAAAUUUUAUAUGGUUGGUGGCCACAUAGGUAUUGUAUUCAUAGAUAGCUUUGUGACUCAAAUCUAAUGCCUUGAAGCUUGAAUCAUGAAAUGGAUAAUAUUGGAUCA